GGUGGCGAAUGCUGGGCGCCAGCUGCGACGCGGACCGCGACUGCGCCGUGCCCUACAGCCGCUGCAUGGCCGGCGCCUGCGCCUGCCAGGCCUACUACGCCCGCUACAACGAGUCGCGCUGCCUGCCCUCGACGCUGCUGGGCUUCGAGUGCCUGGUGCGGGAGCAGUGCUCACUGAAGGUGGCUAACAGCAGCUGCAUACACGGCCUGUGCCGCUGUGAGCCCGGAUUCCUGCAGUUCCGCCGACACACCUGUCUCAGCCCGGCCAAGCCGGGCGACGUGUGCUACAGCGACGCGCACUGCCGCCUGUGGGACGCCAACUCGCACUGCCACUUCCUCAUCCCCAAGCUGUUCGGCCGGUGCGGCUGCAACGCGCACAUGCUGCCUCGCGGCAGCCUCUGCGUGCCGUCCCAGGAGGAAGACUUUCCGCCGCCGCCGCUGCUGCCCUCGCCGGCCGCUCCUGCCGACGCCACCAGCACUCACCCGCCUGUCACCACCGCCGUCACCGAGACCACCACCACCACCACCACUGCCGCACCAACAACUACUGCCGCACCGACAAACAAGGCACCAUUCACCCCUGACCAUACCACCACUCCGAGCACCACAGUACACACUACAGUGGAAAGUACUUCUGUGCAUACUGUUACAGAAGGAGUUACCACGCCAAGCACCACGGCAGCAGCCUCCACGACUCAAAGCCCCGAGGCGACAAGUACCACUUCAGGUGCAGACGAAGCCUUGUCGAGCGGAACACCGUCGUCAGAGUUCACCGAAUCACUGGCAGUGUCUUUCAGCACCAGCGAUGCUGCACCAGUGACCGACCGUGAACCAGAUGUCUCCAUCAAAUACCCAGUCCCCAGCUCCUAUCCUACACCAGCUACGGAGGGUCCUUACAGGGAUGUAACAGUCGAAAUGGAAGCGGAAACCUCUCCGUUAAUGGCUGAUGCUACGUCUCCUCCAGUGUUCAGUACACCAUCAGAACCUGAAGUUCUAACCUCUUCACCGUCCCCUGUUGAAGCCGCAGAAAACAUUUUCGGAAGUUCUGAAGCGACAGUGGAGACGUCAUCGCCAUCACAACCUGCAGAUAUUAGCGACAUCGUUGCUUCUUCAACUAUUCAAUCAUCUAGUCCUGAAGCAUCGACCAGUAGUUCUCCCGAAGCCCUACCGACGACACCGAAACCUGAAACACACUUCGAAGAAAACGUCGAAAUCUCCUCUCCGACCGUUACAGAUUUUCCCGACAAUCAGGCUUCAGAUUCGGUUGAAACUUCCGCUUCCGUUCCGAGUCAUCCACCUCCAUUUAGCGUCGGUACAGAGCUGACGUUUGAUGCCAAUUACGCCACUUCGACGGAUAACCAGCCGUCUUCCUCCAUCGAUGACACCUGGAUGUCAUCAUCCUCGGCCUAUUCCGAGCUGGUGGUAACAACUGCACAGGAUACGUCUUCCUCCGUCGAUGACGGCUGGGUUUCAUCUUCAGCUUCUUCCGACGCUCCUGUAACGACGACUCAGGGUGUAGAUACCGCCACGAAUGACGUAGAAGUCGGGGCCUCCUCUACAGAACCGGCGACCCCUACGCAGGAGAUUCCAGGUACCUCCAGCUCGGAACCGCUUCUACAGGAUGACACUGAAGAAGAAUCAGUCACUGAGAGAGUGGCGCCGUCAGAGCUCACGGACAACCAGUCGACACCGCAGGAAGCGUCAGUUGCCUCUGAAGCUGUACCACCAUCCGGCUCAUCGUCUGCACCACUGUUUGUUACCGAAGUGACAUCAGCCGAAAAACCUUCUACAGAAGACGAUUUGAUGCUGGCUGCAACGAGUUUUGCGGCAGGGAUGCGACCCAUGGUGGCGGUGUCGCUGGGGCUGCCCUGCGUGUCUGACCUGCAGUGCCGCGCCGCCGACCCCAACUCCCGCUGCGUGGGCGGCGUCUGCGACUGCGCCCGCAGGCCCAACGGCACCGGCUCCUGCUGGGCCGGCAACCGCGGCUGCCACCCCGGCACCUUCCAGUGCCGGUCGACGGGCGCGUGCAUCAGCUGGUUCUUCGUGUGCGACGGUCGGCGCGACUGCGCGGACGGCUCGGACGAGGAGUGCAACGCAGCAGAAGGCAACGGCUGCCCGCCGCUCGCCUUCCGCUGCGGCUCGGGCGGCACCUGCGUGUCGCGGGCGGCGCGCUGCGACGGCAACAGGGACUGCCCGCUGGGCGAGGACGAGCUGGGCUGCUCCCAGAGGACGGUGCGAGAUUCUCGAGACCGGUGGGAGAGUUUCAGGGGGAGCCAUAGUAGACAUUUGAAGUCUCCAUCCGGCCCAUCUGGCUCUGCAGUUAAAAUAAGAAAACCUUAUUAUGUUUCUGGAUAUGUGAUGUUUUACCAACGUUUUAGGAAGUCUCGGGAAAUGAAGGACAGUGUCUCAAAUGCAAGCGCGGUGAGUAUUUCACUUGAACAGACACAAGAAGCUGUGCGCAAGAACGUUGAAAGUGGCAACGAAUGUGUCGUUACGACGCAAUAUGACCGUCGGUCAAGAAAUACAUCACUGUCAUCCCCUAGCGAAAACUGUAUUUUAUCAACAUCUCAACCAAAAAGAUCCAAAAAGGCCAGCAAUGCUGGAACAGCAUCCCAUGCAGUUGUCAACAAGUCAGCGUACGAAUAUUUUCAUUCGAAGAAUAAUUAUGUAAAUAUUGAGUGUAUAGAGAACAAGAAGUAUGAAGAUCCAGAUUUGGCUUUUUUUAUAAGUGUUCUUCCUGAUAUGAAAAAAAUGAAUGAGGAUCAAAAAAGGCGGUUCAAAAUUGGAGUUUUACAUUUGGCUGGGCAUAUUUUAAGUGAGGAGAAGCGUUUGCUACAACACUCUUUUACUCAUCACAGCCCAUCACUUUCUUCUGCAUUGCCUUCUACUGAAAUUUGAAGUUCACUCUCUGUUUAUGGAUCUACAAAAAGUGAGGUUGAAAGUACGGAAAACUCCACUCAUACCGAAUAACGGAAGGCCAUAUGAAACGUCAAAGCUGCAAACUGAUGCUAGGACGAGAUUAAAAUUUCCAAACCUGCAUGGACGGAACUACAAGACCAGACGAAAUAUCUGUGCUUCACGUCACUUAUUUUGUAUUGUUCUAGGAAGACUCAUUACUGUUAUUAUACACAGGCUUAUAAUUUGAAUUUACUACAGGCCUUACGUAUACAUGAAAAAUGUUCUGCACUUCCUGUAAGGAUUCUACUUCGUUUGGGCGUGUAUUGCACUGGACGAUUUUCAUGUAAUUGAUCUUUCUUGCGUCAUACAGCGUAUGUGAAAAUUCUAAUUAUGUCUAAUCUGUACUUCGAUAACCAUAUGCAACCUCGCACCAGAGCAUCUGCUAAAAUUCUGUAAUACAAAACCAACGUUUAAGAUGGUUGUAUGAAUAAAUUCCGAAGGUCAAUUUAAUAAUAAAAAGUUCACGUCAGACUAGAAGAAGUUAUAUUUUAACUGCAAGAGAAGUGCCAACCAGUUCACCAUCGUUAGACAUAGAAAAGUUUGGAAUCCUAACCGAGUUUUAUGAUUCAGCGGUGACAGUGGAACCGAUUAAAUUACAUUGGACGUAGUUACAUUGUCGGAACUGUCCGGUAAAUCCCAACUACACUGUUCCGUUAUUGCUAUUACGACUAGGCUAUGUAAAGUAAGCCAUAUUUAGAAACAUAUUGUUGGCCCGAAAAUUAGGUAUUGGAAAUAUAUUACACAGCUAAAAUGAGCAUUAAUGUCAAAAUUAAGACCAGUAACAGUACGAUCACGACGUGAAAACUACUUUUUAAGCCAAUAUUGUAUGUUUAUCUGGAUUAAGACUUGUACUUUUAAUUAGAACUGAAUAUAUUCUUGAAACCAA